UUUCCUCGUCUGUUCUUCUUCAGGUGGUUGGACCGUAAUGAGGAUGAUGGACAGAUUGUCCGUGAGUUAGUUCCAGAUGGAGAUGGUCUGCGUCUCUUUAAUGUCAGCUACCACAUAGCAAUCAAGACAGGCAAUGUGAAUGGGGCCAGCUCCGACUCCAAGGUGUUUGUCAAGCUGUACGGGGAGAAGUGCGACACUAACAAGAUGAUCCUGGCAGUCUCUGACAAUGACCUCAGGAACUACUUUGAGACAGGACGCACUGAUAUCUUCACCAUUGACACCUUUGACAUUGGAAAGGCAAGUUCUUUAGACAUGCAGACACUUAACAGAGAACAGAGUUUAUGGUUCAGACAUAUAUUUGUGUUUUCUAAUUCUAUUCUAUUCUAUUCGCUCAUGUCCUCUGUACUUACAGAUCAGCCGUCUCCUGAUCGGUCACACCAACGAGGGCCUGCGGGCCGGAUGGUUUCUGGACAGUGUGCAGAUCUCUGUGCCAGUUCACGGGAUGCAGUACAUGUUCCCGAGCCACCGCUGGCUCUGCAAAGAUGA